CAUCGCAUUGGCCGAAACCAGUUCCUAUAGGCCCGCGCGCGUAGGAGAUCCUCUCGAAUGUCCGCCUCAGUUGUGCUGCAGCACUUGAACCGUUAAGAUGUUUCGAAUUUUGAAGUGUCGUGAUACCGCCUCCUCACUUCGGCUGUUUUCCCGGUCUAAGCAUACGGGCACAGUGAUAGCGAUCCGUCGCGAGGACCAAUCAGUAUGGGAGCGACGAGCCUCCUUCAGUCCGGCCGGCGUAAAGAAGCUCAUCAAGCAGGGCGUUAAGGUGAUAGUUCAACCGUCCAACCGUCGUGCCUAUCCGAUGCAGGCCUAUCUGAAUGCUGGCGCCACCGUUCAGGAAGAUAUCAGCGAGGCAUCCGUUAUCUUCGGCGUUAAGCAGGUUCCCGUAGACGCACUGAUCCCGCAAAAGACCUACUGUUUCUUCUCACAUACCAUCAAGGCUCAGGAGUCCAAUAUGCCCCUCCUGGAUGCCUGCUUGGAGAAGAACAUCCGUCUCGUCGACUACGAGAAGUUGAUGGACCGUAAUGGGCAGCGAUUGGUGGCCUUCGGAAAGUAUGCUGGAGUUGCCGGUAUGGUGAACAUCCUGCAUGGAUUGGGUCUACGAUUGUUGGCACUGGGACAUCACACGCCUUUUAUGCACGUGGGUCCAGCGCACAACUACCGCAACUCGUCCAUGGCUCGUCAAGCUGUCCGUGACUGUGGAUACGAGAUCGCGUUAGGUAUGAUGCCCAAAUCGAUUGGACCGUUGACCUUCAUCUUUACCGGGUCAGGAAACGUCUCGCAAGGAGCGCAGGAAGUUUUCCAAGAACUGCCCAUCGAAUACGUUCCACCGGAGAGCUUACGUAAGGUUGCCGAACAUGGCAGCCAGAACAAGUUGUACGCGUGUGAAAUCAGUCGAUCUGAUCAUCUGGAACGACGAGACGGUGGAGGAUUCGACCCCGUAGAAUACGAUCAGUACCCAGAAAGGUACAUUUCAACCUUCAGUACAAACAUUGCUCCCUACGCUUCGGUUAUCGUGAACGGCAUCUACUGGGCAGUUGGUGCGCCAAAGCUCAUCACUAUUCCCGAUGCCAAGAACCUCCUAAGACCUGCGAACACCCCUUGGUUACCAACGAGCCGGGGAGCUCCAGCACUGCCACAUCGCAUGCUGGCCAUCUGUGAUAUCUCCGCUGAUCCGGGCGGUUCUAUCGAGUUCAUGAACGAGUGCACCACCAUCGAUAAUCCAUUCUGCCUGUACGACGCCGAUCGCAACAAGGACCAGAAGAGCUUCAAGGGCCCUGGAGUCCUGGUCUGCUCGAUUGACAACAUGCCCACUCAACUUCCAAGAGAAGCCACCGACUUCUUCGGAGAUUUGCUCUAUCCGUAUGCCUUGGAUAUUCUGCAAAGCGAUGCGUCGAAACCCCUCUCGGAACACAACUUCUGCCAACCUGUUGAAGGCGCCAUCAUCUGCAGCAACGGAAAGCUCACCCCCGGCUACGAGUACAUCAACGAGCUCCGUGAGGCAAACUACCGAUCGCGUCAUAAGACCGAAGGUUCGUCUCUCGGAAAGAAGCGAGUUUUGGUUCUGGGAGCCGGAUUCGUGUCUGCGCCCUUGGUAGAAUACCUUCAUCGGGAGUCGAACGUCAGCAUUAAAGUGGGUUCCCAAAUCAAGGAGGAAGCUGAUCGGUUAGCUCAUCGCUACCAGGGCAUCGAAUCGGUUUACAUCAACGUAGAAGACGAAAGUACAAAUCUGCAGAACUUGUGCGAGGAAAGUGACGUCGUUGUUUCGCUUCUGCCCUACUCUCUGCAUGGGUUGAUUGCGAAGCAUUGCGUUGCCGGUAGGACUCACCUGGUGACGGCCAGCUACCUGAACGACGAAAUCAAGGCUCUGGAUGAAAGUGCCAAGGAAGCUGGAGUGACCCUGAUGAACGAAGUUGGUCUGGAUCCAGGUAUCGAUCACCUGCUGGCUCUGGAAUGCAUCCAGGAAGUGCAGGAAAAGGGUGGCCUUGUGGAAUCCUUCGUGAGCUUCUGUGGUGGAUUACCUGCACCUGAGCAUUCGGAUAACCCCCUUCGGUACAAGUUCUCGUGGUCACCUCGAGGUGUCCUGUUGAACACACUAUCUGCCGCCAAGUACCUUAGCAAGGGACAAGUUGUGGAAAUUUCCGGAGGUGGUGACCUGAUGACGGCGCCUCGUGACCUGGACUUCCUGCCCGGAUUCGCUCUGGAAGGUUUCCCCAACCGUGACUCUACCAAGUACCAGGACUUGUAUGGUCUCGCCGGAGUGCACACACUCAUCCGCGGAACCAUUCGCUAUAAGGGCUUCUCGGACAGUAUCAAACCGAUGCAGCUGCUAGGCCUUAUCGAUCCCAACCCCCAUCCGAUGCUCCAUCCACACGGACCGGAAGUCACCUGGCGGCAGCUGAUCACCAACUUCCUCGGACUCCAGGAUGCCGAUAUGUUCUAUGAAAACCUGAAGAACAGAUUGGCCGAACGGGUGGGCAACACGGACGGCAUCGAGCAGCUGGGACUGCUGGAGGACAACAAGGUCGUCAAAAUGGGAACGCCCUUGGAUACACUGAGUCAUUACCUAUCAGGAAAGCUUGCUUUCGGUCCAACGGAACGCGAUUUGGUGGUACUCCGACAUGAUGUGGGCAUCCGCUGGAACGAUGGCCGACGGGAGCACCGAGGAAUUAAUUUUGUAGCAUACGGACAGCCAUCCGUCAACGGAGGACACUCGGCAAUGGCAGUGACGGUCGGAUUCCCGGCAGCAAUCGCCACCAAGAUGAUUUUGGACGGUGAAAUUCAACAACGUGGCGUGGUGUUGCCGUUCACAUCCGAUAUCUACCGAACCAUGUUGGCACGGUUGGAAAAUGAAGGAUUAGUUGCGCACACGACAUCCAAGUUUUUGUGAACCGAGCAGAGGUGAACCGUGAAUAUCUCAGUAUCGAUAACUCGGUUUGGGUUAUUGUUUUUGGACCUGAAUGAUGUAUGUCAGAAAAUGCAUGUAAAUAAAGUAAGCGAAAUCAUUGAGACGAA